AUGUGGAUCGGAAACCCCGGGGAGGGGAGGUCGGAGGAGGGGGAGAAUGUGGGCAAAGUCACCCUGAAAGGUGUUGGCAACACUGUCAGCGCCACGGAGUAUCUCAGAGCCAGCGUGUGGGAGGCUGGGCAGUUCGGCCUAGAGCCCUCAUCACCCGUGGCUUCUGGCAACAUGUCCAUGAAUGUCAAGGGUGUGCUCAUGGUGGUGCUAGGAAGGAGGGAUGGGCUAGAGGAUGCCCGGAUGCCAGAAACUGCCAUGCAGAUAUUCAGCAAGAACACCUUUCAGUCUCUGGACCACUUGUCUUCACCCCUGUGGCCUGUCAGUCACAUUGGCCCUUCCUGGUGUUUCUGGAUCCAGGCCCAGGCUGGCAAGCACUCAGGGGGAAGGGCGAUCGCCUUUGCCUCUGAAAGCAAACAAAACUAUAAUUUAAAAUUGUUUCUUGGGCAACCUCUUCCAGGUCCCCUCCUGCUGUCUCUUGUCGUUGCAGCUCUCUGUCAAGGGCGUGUGGUGAGGGUUCCCGCCGGGACCCUGGUCCGGGUGGUGGGCACUGAGCUAGUCAUCCCCUGCAACGUCAGCGACUACGAUGGCCCCAGCGAGCAAAACUUUGACUGGACCUUCUCGUCUUCGGGGAGCAGCUUUGUGGAGCUCGCAAGCACCUGGGAGGUGGGGUUCCCAGCCCAGCUGUACCGGGAACGGCUGCAGAGGGGCGAGAUCCUGUUGCGGAGGACCGCCAACGACGCCGUGGAGCUGCACAUCAAGAACGUCCAGCCCUCGGACCAAGGCCACUACAGAUGCUCCACCCCCAGCACAGACGCCACCGUCCAGGGCAACUAUGAGGACACAGUGCAGGUUAAAGGCACUUACAGGUAUACAAAGCCUUCUAACCUGAAUGCCAUAAAUAAGACUUUAGAAAGAGAUGAUGUCAAGGGAGGUAGAGGGGAGGCGGAAGGGGCAGACACAGUCUGGUUCAUCGAGGUGUGUCUGUCUUUAAUUUUUCAAGUUCUGCGCGCCUCCGUGCCCAGGAACGUGUCCGUGGCGGAAGGAAAGGAGCUCGACCUGCCCUGCAACAUCACCACAGACCGAACCGAUGACGUCCGGCCCGAGGUGACGUGGUCCUUCGGCAGGACGCCCGACAGCACCCUGCCCGACUCGCGCACGUUGGUGCGGCUGGACCGUGACUCCCUGGUGCACAGCUCCCCGCACGUGGCGUUGAGUCACACGGACACACGCUCCUACCACUUACUGGUUCGAGACGUUGGCAAAGAAAACUCCGGCUACUAUGUCUGCCACGUGUCGCUCUGGGCACCUGGACACAACGGGAGCUGGCACAAAGUGGCAGAGGCCGUGUCCGCCCCUGCCAGUGUGACUGUGACCUGGCUAGAACCAGAGUACCAGGUGUACCUGAAUGCUUCCAAGGUCCCGGGGUUUGCGGAUGAUCCCACGGAGCUGGAAUGCCGAGUAGUGAACACGAAGGGCGCCGAGGCCAGUGUCCGCUUUACGGUUUCAUGGUACUACAGGAUGAACCGGCGUAGUGACGACGUGGUGGCCAGCGAGCUUCUUGCAGUCAUGGAUGGGGACUGGACGCUGAAGUAUGGAGAGCGGAGCGAGCAGCGGGCCCAGGACGGAGAGUUUAUUUUUUCUAAGGAGCACACAGACACGUUCAGUUUCCGGAUCCAAAGAACCACAGACGAAGACAGAGGCAGUUAUUACUGUGCCGUGUCAGCCUGGACCAGGCAGCGGAAUAGCAGCUGGGUGAAGAGCAAGGAUGUCUUCUCCAAGCCCGUCAACAUCUUUUGGGCAUCGGAAGAUUCUGUGCUCGUGGUGAAGGCGCGGCAGCCAAAGCCUUUCUUUGCCGCAGGAAAUACAUUUGAGAUGACUUGCAAAGUAUCUUCCAAGAAUAUCAAGUCGCCACGCUAUUCCGUUCUCAUCACGGCCGAGAAGCCUGUCGGAGACCUCUCCAGCCCCAACGAAACCAAGUACAUCAUCUCCCUGGACCAGGAUUCUGUGGUGAAGCUGGAGAACUGGACGGACGCUUCGCGGGUGGAUGGCGUCGUGCUCGAAAAAGUGCAGGAGGAUGAAUUCCGCUACCGAAUGUACCAGACUCAGGUCUCAGACGCAGGGCUGUACCGCUGCGUGGUGACAGCAUGGUCUCCUGUCAGGGGCAGCCUUUGGCGAGAAGCAGCAACCAGUCUCUCCAAUCCCAUUGAGAUAGACUUCCAAACCUCAGGCCCUAUAUUCAACGCCUCUGUGCAUUCGGACACACCGUCGGUCGUCCGGGGAGAUCUGAUCAAGCUGUUCUGUAUCAUCUCUGUCGAAGGAGCGGCGCUGGAUCCAGAUGACAUGGCCUUUGAUGUGUCCUGGUUUGCGGUGCACUCCUUCGGCCUGGAUAAGGCUCCCGUCCUCCUGUCUUCCCUGGAUCGGAAGGGGAUUGUGACCACGGCCCGCAGGGACUGGAAGAGCGACCUCAGCUUGGAGCGCGUGAGCGUGCUGGAAUUCUUGCUGCAAGUGCAUGGCUCCGAGGACCAGGACUUUGGCAACUACUACUGUGCUGUGACUCCAUGGGUGAAGUCACCCACAGGCUCAUGGCAGAAGGAGGCAGAGAUCCACUCCAAGCCCGUCUUCAUAACUGUGAAGAUGGAUGUGCUGAAUGCCUUCAAGUAUCCCCUGCUGAUCGGCGUGGGUCUGUCCACUGUCAUCGGGCUCCUGUCCUGCCUCAUCGGGUACUGCAGCUCCCACUGGUGUUGUAAGAAGGAGGUUCAGGAGACCAGGCGUGAGCGCCGGCGGCUCAUGUCGAUGGAGAUGGACUAGGCGGCCCGGGAAGGGAGUGGCAGGGGACCUCCUGGCAGCCAUUGGGGCGAGAAGAGGACAGUGACGUUGUAAGACGAAGUGUGUGACACUCCAGACCAGUCCUCUCUAAUCUCAGGUGGGACUCGGCGCUCCGUCUUUCCUGCAUGUCGAGUUCUGAGCGUGGACAUGUCUACCAGCACACGGCUCUUCUUCCCACGGCACUUUCCGCUGGAGCAAUUGAGUGUGUGUUUCCCAGCUGCGGCUUUCUAAUGGUUAACCCUCGUCUAAUUUCUUUGCUCCCACUGGUUUAUAGAUCCUCUGACUUGCGUGUGUUGAUAGCUUCUGUUCCGAGGGUUUGUGGUGAGGAAGGGGUGCCGGCGUACUGCGUCCUCCACCGUGGGCCCGCCCGUGCCCUCCCGCGGGGUAGCCAGCUCCCUCUCCCCCCCAACUCGGAGACGACGCAGACCUGGUACCAAGGCUAAUGUGUGGCGUUGACUGCCCUGCCCCACCCCUAUUUUCAGGGGUUUAGACUCUAUUUGGAAUCUAAACUUGAAUAGAUAAUUCUUAGUGAGCCCCAAAUGCAUUUUUUUCCUUUCUUUUUUUUAACCCUCUCUGCCCCUUUUCCAUUUCUUUUGUGUUUUUUGUUUUUUAAAUGUGAGAGUGCUGAAAUGGCAGGCCUGGAAUCUCAAAUUUGGCUCUCCACCAAGCACCUUAUCUUGCCACCUUAGCCUUAAGCAUGAAUAUGAAGAAAAAUACACAGCCACCUCUGUCCAGGGCGGUAAGAAAGGCUGCGAGGAAGAAGAGGCUGGGGACAAGGAGAAGGACAGACACUCACGCCCAUAGUCCUGAGGUCCCUGUGCUUCAAGGGAUCCCGUGCGGAAGAGGGAUCCCGGGAGGUUAGAUUUAUGUGACUGGAGCCAGGAGGGCCGGUGGUGCUGGGUACGCAUCAGACUGAAGAAGCCACCUCCAUUCCCUCCGCGGGAGGCAAGGGCGCGGGUCACCAGGGCACUUGCCGGGGCACCCGCAGACAUGCCACAUCCUUAGCGUGAAGGCAAACUGCUGCUUGCAAGACUGACUUCGAGGAAUCAGAAAUGGCCUAGAAGAACCAUGCAUCUUCUAUGACCUUUGCAGUCCUUCAAGGCUUUUUAAGAUCCACCGCAGGGGGUGAGUGAGGAAGGGUAUACUUUGUGGCGUGUUUGCUUUCCUAUUAGGAACACUAAGGAAACCCGGCAAUCUGCCGUCACGUGAGUGGCCGGUUGAGUAGCGUUGAGAGCCGCCCGCUGUGCCCGAACUGCUCCCAUCAGGCGUAAGAGAGCGGGCAAGAAGGAGUCUUCCGAGCCGCGGCCCUCUGCUGCUACCUGAAGAGUGUUCCCCUUGGAGCCUCACUCCCUGAAGUGUCUCGCCCCCUGCACAGCUCGGGCCUUGAGGAAGCAUCCCCGUGGGGUUUUCUGAGGCUCACUGGCGACUCAUGCCCUAAUUGCAGUCCUCUGUGCUUUUAUCCUGGCUCUGAAGGGUCAACACUGCUCUGUCUUCCAAAGGGGGAGAAAGAUUCAUUUGUUUCAGCAAUAAAGUCAUGCAAAACGAUGGCCGUUGUGUGCCGCUCUUUGUCACCGGGGGCCAGGGGAGCCGUGUUCCUCCCGGCUCUCCCUUCCCCCGCUCCCCUUUCUCUCCUGCCCACAGUCGGUUCUACCUUUAUCACUGAGUCGUCCCCGGAGGCAGAUUCCCACUGAGUUUUUCCCACUGGUGGGUCGACUCAUGGGACAGAAACUCUAAAUUCUUUGCUGGUGGAAGCAGCCCAGACACGGGGCAGGAAGAUGGGCAGCAGGUGUGCCCCAGCAGACCCGGAGGACUAGAAGGAAGAGGACAAGGCUCUGAUGACACUAGAUUUGGGUAUUUUUCUACAUGUCAUUUCCUAACUGCUAUUUCAGAGGUGGGUCACGCGUGAUUGUACAAGAGAAGCUCUGUAGAGACAGGUGCCGUCCUAGGAAGAGCCAGUGCCCUUUGAGCCCGUGCGGUUAUUAAAAGAAGAGCCAGGACAGGUGUGCUGCAGGAGGAAGAAAGGGUGCUUAGCUUUGGACAUAGCUAAGGUGGCCCCAGGUGUAUGUGAAACCAUGGACUGAGUCACACCAGAUGCUCAGAGGUGGUAAAGGGGAUGUGUGCGUGCACAUUGUACCUUUUCCUUUCAGACCGAUAUCGCAGCUCAGGGCUGGAGUUAAGGCAUUGACCGUCACCCACCCACCCUGUAUCCACUGGGGCUGGUCGAACUGCAAGUCACCUGGGGGCUGGGAGGAAGGCGGGUGAGAACUCCCAGGGCAUUGUACCAAGGACCUAGUUCCUUCUGGGAACAUCAGUUUGCCUGGAAUGUGUAUUUUUAAAGUGUGAGAUACUUUCCUUUAUUGUACCAAAUCGGGCUCCCACAAGUGCCCUUCUGGAAGAGACUUGCCAGCGGCACUGGUGGGAAUGGAAGAGGGACCCAGCCACGUCUCACACGGAUGGAAUUGCACUUCUUAAUAAAAAGAAACUUUAUAGAAGUUUGGGUUUUUUUUUUCCUAAUCAUAAAAAUAGCCCCAGCAAGAGCCUAAGCUGUGUUCAGAUAGAAGCCUCGAAAUCACUUUAAAUUGUUUACUUUAUGAUGUUUACAUACACGUUUCACUUUUAAAAAGAAAAGAAGAGAAAAAUGCAAGCUGACUUUUUAAUAACUUUUUAGAUUUUCCAUGGGACGGUGGAACUCUGACUCACCGACUGGGUUGAAUCUUAGGCAUGUAUUUAUUUGUGUGUGCCCCCCUCCUGUCCACGGGGCUCCCUGAUAUCCUGGUAAAGGACGUCCCUCCUGCCCAGACCUUUGUCUCUUGCCCUGGUGGCUCUUGCUUCUUGCUUUGCAGACUGCCUGCAACCAUGAUUUUGUCACUGACCAUCUGCGAGCCAAAGACUGAGCCUUUUUGGCAGGAAUAAUAAGCAAUACUACGCAACUUGCUACUUUCAGAAAACUUUUUUUUAAGUUUCACCGAUGACAACAGAGGAAGAAGGGAACUGGGAUUUGGGUAAGUUUUCUCCUCCGCUGUUUGACCAAAUUCUGAGUGAUCCAUAUGUGUGCAGAUCGCUAGAAGGAAAAAGCCGACUGACUUUCUUUUUUAGUAGGGAACCUAAGGAUCUGCAGAAUUUUCCAUAGACAAAGAAAGGGUCUUGUGUAUUUUUGUCCAUAUCCAAUGUUAUAUGAACUAAUUGUAUUGUUUUAUACUGUGACCACAGAUAUUAUGCAAUGCACCAUUUGUUUUUUAUCUCAUUAAAGGAAGUUUAAUUUAAAUGGAA